GAGACAGCAAAGGAACACGCGAAUAACCUGACGUCACCCGCAGCAGCAGCACGUGUCUGAUUACGUCAGCGCGAACAGGAAAAGAACAAAAUGGAGGAGUACGCGAGGGAGCCAUGCCCCUGGAGGAUAGUGGACGACUGUGGGGGCGCCUUCACCAUGGGGGCUAUCGGUGGAGGGAUUUUUCAGGCCGUCAAAGGCUUCAGAAACUCUCCUUCUGGAAUGAAUCACAGAAUGAGGGGUAGCUUGACAGCCAUAAGGACCAGAGCUCCACAACUAGGAGGAAGCUUUGCUGUGUGGGGUGGCCUCUUCUCCAUGAUUGACUGUGGACUGGUGAAGGUGAGGGGCAAAGAAGACCCCUGGAACUCAAUCACAAGUGGAGCCAUGACAGGAGCCAUUUUAGCAGCAAGAAAUGGGCCGGUGGCCAUGGUUGGUUCUGCUGCAAUGGGAGGUAUACUGCUUGCAUUAAUAGAGGGUGCAGGAAUUCUGCUCACAAGGUUUGCCUCAUCGCAAUUCCCAACUGGCCCACAGUUUGCGGAAGAACCUGCUCCCAUGCCUGCUUCAUCAUUCGGAGACUAUAGACAGUACCAAUGAGAAGCCACUAAACACUCAAGGCCUUUUCUUAUUCCAUGAACUCAUCUAAGACACUGAAGUUACAGUGUGGAACUCAUUCAUCAACAGAGCAUGCCACUUACCACGAAUGACUGUGACAAAGGGAAUAUGAAGGGCAAACACUAUUGUUCCUGUCAUUGCUUUUGUUUUCAGUAUGCCAUUUGCUAUUCUCAGCUUUGUGUGUCCCCCUCUAUUUAAGUCAAAACUCAGUUGUGUGUUUUCAUCCACUUAUUCUGUGUUUUUAUUUUCUUGUUUUGUCAUUUUUUGCCAGCACGUUUGCUGAAGCAAUAGGUAUACUGUUUAACUCAUGCUAGGUUUUUGACCUUGAACCCCAAUCAAUUGGCUGUAUAAAGUGUGUG